AAAAAUAUGUGGAGUUUGCAAAAAAUCAUUUCGGUGGCAUAAUUAAUUUUAAUGUCGAAAGCUGUCCGAAUAGGAAUGUUUGCCGUGCCUGUGUAUCGGCUCGCGUUACGUUACUGUUUUUCAUGCCGGGUGUGGGAGGGUGGAUCACCAAGAUUCUGAUGCGAUCUGAGGGCUCCUGUCAUUCUCGUUAGUUGUUGUGAUGAGUUAGUGGAUUUUUUUAGGACGGUUGUGGUGCAUUUUAACGAACAAUUUCCAAUUUUAAAUUAAAUAUUGACCUAUUUUUGUAGAAAAUUAAUUUUAAAAUCGGAGAAGAAAGAUCGUCUUCCAAAUAUAUUUGUAGGCCUACAUCCAAAGUGAGCCUCCAUUCUCCAAGGAAGUGAGGGUGGGCGUGGGCGGGCUGGUGGUGGGGUACGCCAUCGUGGGCGCCGUGGGCUUCAUCUGGGUGGAGGCGACGGAGGAGAACCCGCUGCUGGAGCGGCGCCGCCACGUGCAGCGCAUGCGCGCCGACUGCGCCGCCGAGCUGUGGGCGCUCGUCAGCACCGUCAACACGUUCGACCGCGCCGCGUGGGCGGUGCACGCGGACGACGUGCUGCGCCGCUUCCAGAACAACGUGACGGCCUACGUGAAGCUGGGCUACGACGGGCUCAGCCCUGUCGAGAUCUGGACCUUCCCGGCGGCGCUCAUGUUCUGCCUGUCCAUCUUCACCAUGAUCGGCUACGGCAACAUGGUGCCGCGCACGCCCUGGGGCAAGGGGCUCACCGUGGUGUACGCCGUGUUCGGCAUCCCGCUCUACGUGCUGUACUUCAUGAACAUGGGCGAGGUGCUGGCGACGACGUUCCGCUGGCUGUACGCGCGCAUCAAGGAGUGCACGCAGGAGCAGCCGCGGGUGGCGGCAGCGGAGCUGGGGCCGGGCGACGUGCCGCUGCCGCCGCCGCCGCCCGCGCGGGUGCUGGUGCCGCCCACGGCCGGGCUGUGGGUGAUCGUGGGCUACGUGGCCACCGGGGCCAUCAUGUUCGCCGAGUGGGAGGGCUGGAACUACCUGGACAGCACCUACUUCUGCGUGACGAGCCUGUGCAAGAUCGGCAUCGGCGACUUCGUGCCGGGCGCCAACAUCAGCGAGUACCGCACGGGCAACCAGACGAAGCUGGUAAUCAACUUCAUCUACCUGCUGCUGGGCAUGGGGCUGGUGGCCAUGUGCUACAACCUGAUGCGCGCCGUGGGCGAGAUGUUGGGAAAUCCAGCUGCAAUUUGUUCCAUUCGACUCUGCAGCAUUUCUGGUUUCGACCGAAGAAUCAACGAUGUGGUCUAUUGUUUCCCACUCAUUAGAUCAGAUGAAGUUUCUACAGUUGUCUUCUUUGGAGGAGAUGUCCAAGAUUUUCCUGAGAAUAUGGAGACACACAGGGACAAUAAAAACUAUGUUAAAUGGAACUUGGAAAAUACAGCAACCCUUCUUCAUACAUACUUCCCAGAAAGUCACAUUGUAGUUGUUCGACCAUCGAGAAUGGAAAUGAAGACUUUUAGCUGCUAUGACAACUUUGUCCCCUGCAAUAAUUCUGGGGCCCCUAACCACACACCAAUGCACCAUGCUUUGCAGCACUUGGAACAGUUACUGAGAGGAGUAUCCCAGCGACUGCAAGCAAUGCCUGCAUCUGAAUUGGCUCGAAGCAUGUCCUCUAUUCCAGAGGAAUUACAGGCAAGUCAAGAUGCAGGAGAAGAAACACAAAUGUGGUGGCAGAAAGAUCUGUGUCUCGAGAAAUCCAAACUUAUACUUAUUGGUUUCAGUAAAGGCUGUGUUGUUUUGAAUCAGUUUAUUUAUGAAUUUCACUAUUUAAAAACACUUACUCCAGACGAUGAAUCAAUGGCAAAUUUAGUGGAUCAAAUACAAGACAUGUAUUGGUUGGAUGGAGGACAUGCUGGUGGAAAGAAUACGUGGAUCACAUCUCGAAGUCUACUGGAAACUCUUACUCGCCUAAAUAUUGGCAUUCACAUUCAUGUUACACCAUACCAAAUAAAUGAUGAUCGACGUCCUUGGAUACGUAAAGAAGAGAAAGCUUUUGGUGAUCUUUUACGACGAUUGGGUGCACCUGUACACAGGGUUGUGCAUUUCGAAAAUCAAGUCUCAAGUCUGUGCACCCAUUUUGAGGUUCUUUCAGUCUUUCAUCAGGCUGAAGCGAAAUAGUUCAAUUUUCAACAUUGAGUGCAUGUUCCAUUAUUUUGUCGUCUUCUUUAAACUAUAGCUGUAAUUUCAUGUGGCAAGUAAAAAUAAGAUUUGAGACUUUUUUCCACCUGUUUUCUCUUUACUUCCUGUUUUUUCUUUUAAUGAUUUAUAUGUAAAAGGAUGCAUGUGCCAUUAAAAGCAAAAAGAUGUAUUGUUUCAUAAAUUGAAAUGGAUGUAAUUGUACAAGGUGUUAUAGUAUCUCACCCAUUGCAUGAAAAGUAAUGAAAUUAUUAUGUAGCUUUUGUCACAUUUGUCGCAUAUAUCAUUUAUAAAUUAUUAAUGAAAAAAUUGCCAUCAAACUGAAUCUCGCAAGCCUGUCAUAACAGAACUUAACCCAUUUUGGGCACCAUUUUAAACAAUAAAUUUUUACAAACCUUAAUCAAAAUAAUCAGCAGUUUUCACAUACAAUUCCCUUACAAAUGAAAAUUGUAUCAAAAUUAUGUUUUUUAUUUACAUUUUUUAGACAGAGGUUAAAAUACUUGGUAAUUUCUACCUAAAACCGAAGUGGGUUUCUGAAAUUUUGUUUUACCUUCAGAAUUAAUCAGUGAACUUUAUUUUGGUUUCAUUAUACUAGAAAAUAUAGAUGUAUGUAUGUGUGAGUAUAUGCAGUAUUUAUGAGAGUACUUGAUGUAUCAUUUUCUUUAUAUUUCUCAUCCUUAAAUGUGGUGUGUUGACACAUUGCUGAUUAAUGAUUCCCUGUUGCUCAACAUAUCGAUGGCUUCAGCCAGCAAGUUAUAUCAAUAAAAAUAUUGCAUGCUAGUUAGUUGUAAAGUUGGCUCAGAACAUUCAAGGAAAUUAUAAUUUUGGAAACACAAUUUCACCUUUGUUCAGAUGUAGAAGUAUUUGCCUGGUAACCUUCAUGCAGAUAUAUUUAAGGAUGCUGGAUGCACAAGCUUUAGCAUAUCUACAUUUUCUUCUUGUUGUUAUUAUUAUGGAAUUCAAAUAUUUUGAAUUCAGAAGUAUUUUCUAGGCUUUGACCAAAAGAGUGCAUCCGUCUAGACAAAGAAUUUUGAUUCAGACCUUUGAGACUUUUUUCUUCUCUCUCCCGGAAACAAUUGAAUUUCAGGUUGUAUCACAUAUCUAUUGAUGAUUGAAUAGAUCAGCUCUUUAGAUGAACAAGAGGUCUGGAUAAAGUGAUCCUAUUUCAAUCAUGCAUCACAUAAUAGAAAGCGGUUUGUGAUUCUUUCCUUAUUUCUUAAACAUCAGGGCAAUUGCAAAGUUAGUCUUUUUUUAUGAAUUGUUCACUGUACUAAAUGUUUGAUAGUGCUUCGUUACUUAGUGUUUGCUGAAAUAGUACAGCAAGUACUACAUUUGACUACAAAAAGAUGAAAAAAAGGGGUUUUAUAACUUUUCUCUAAGAAAAAAAUGAAAACAAUUUUUUAAUGGAAUGAUAAUUCUGUCAUGUUAGUGAAAUGGUUACAUCAGCAUUGUACAGUGAAUAUUAACUACACGUCACAUUUUUAAUAGUGUUUGCUUGAUUAUACAUUUUGUGCAACAUGUAUUUUUCAUGAAACCCACUUCGUGAUAAAAUUGUUUUAAUAUGCAAUGAAAAAUGAAGCAAUUGACAAAACAUUAUCAUGUAGUGCAAUACAUUGUGGCUUGUAUGUUCAUGAAAGAUUUUGACAGUAAUUAUUACAUUUUGUAGUGAAACAGAGUGUUUGUGUCCCGUGUAUGACAGUUAAAUUUUCCAGGUCAAUGAAAUGUCUAACUCAAUGUUUACUUAACAAUUUGUUUAAUGGAUGUGAGCUGAAGAUGCUUAAAGAAAAUGUAUGCACAAAUAGUGAGAUAUGAAACAAACUGAUUCAAGAGUUCCUUAGACAUUUUCACUCAUUUUGAAAGAAGUGAAAUGGUACUGAAGGAGAUAAAAAGAUUGUGUAUCAUCUUUUAUUUUGUGAAUAAAAAGUACAAUGAAAGAAAUACGUCCAGAUUUAAUUUUGAGAUACUUCCUUCUAGAUGACCUGAAUACCAAUGUUAUUCUACCAUUCUGAUCUUUUUGUUGAUUGUGACGGACGUUUUGAAAAAAAAAAAACACUCUUGGUAUCCAGGGACCACAAAAUGUGUAUUUCCAUUGACAUCUAGAAAUCGAGUUUCCACAGCAUUACAUAACUUACCCUAUACUAUGUAUACACAUACAUACACGGGAAAGUAAAAGGGAUGGCAAUUUUCUAUGAUGCAUUAAAUUAAUGUUUGUAACUAAUAAUAUAUGGCAGAUAGCAGUUGUUACUCAGUGUUCUACAACUUAAACUUGGGUAUUUAUUUCUUUAGAAAAUAAUAUGUCGAAAUAUUUGGAAUUUUCAGUUUCUUUGUUUGUCUUUCAGAUAUUGUGGUUCCACCAAUAAGCAAACAAUGUUAUCCACUGUAUUGGUCUUGUAAUUGGACAUUUCUUUAGCAUACUUGAUAUAACAUGAAAAGCUGAAAAUCAAAAGAUAUGUUUUGAGUAACAUAUAAAUUGAAGAUUAUAGAAUAAAAGUUUUUAGUAUACCAUAAAACAAUUCAGGUAAAGAAAUAAGUUAAAAACUUUAAUAGUUUGAGUGGUGCUUAUUAUAUGUAUACAGUGCCCAGAAUGCUAAUGUGUGUUUGAAACUUACAUAUUAGGGAUAGUGGCUAUCAGUCAACUUAUUUUAAAGAUGCAUCUUGUUUAUAGUAGUUGAAGGGAGGGGGGCAAGGUUGUUUAAUAGAUUGUAAUAAAGACCUGGAUUUUACCAAGUAUUCUGCAAGUUAUACACUAAACAACUUUAUUCCAAGUCUUUAUUUUCAAAGCAGUCAACAAAAGUGAGACAUGAAGGAAACACACAUUGUUCUGGAAGUAGUGUACAAAACACUUUGUAUAAAGCUAUUUUCUCCCAUUAUCUCUUCCAAUUAAAGAGAGCGUUUUUAACUUGUAAACUAUAUUGUAUUUCAACACAAUCUUAACACAUUCCAUCAUAGUUUAUACAUCCUCGGGACAUAAAUUAGGGCAAGGAGACUGGUAUCUCCCCAGCUUAGUCUGGUCAUUCUCACUCAUUCUCACUUGAGGAAAUUUUUGAGCCCAUUCAUCCGAACCAUCACAACAAUCACAGAUGCCAUCAUUUACUCUCCCUGCAGGGAGAUAACCUGUUAGCCUAUCAGUUUCACAAUAGAAUUUUCCAUUCACGCAGGCAUUUGUACCAGGUUCAUCACUCCCAUCACUGACACAAUCACAAUAAUCAUCAUUUAUACGGCUAUAUUCUAUCUCCUCUUGUGAAUCAAAGCAUACAAAAGCUCCAUGAUUAUUUGGUUUAUACUUUGCCAUAUCAAUCUGUCUGACACCUCUUAUUGUAGACAACACAGAGGAAACUUUAGCAGUUGAUGUGACAAGGCUCCUUGUUACAUCGUCGGUUACAACUUUUAAAAAGUAUACUUGAUAACAUAGGACACAAAACACACCCAAAAAUAUGAUGUAAUAUAAGUAACGUUUGGAUUUUCUCCUUAAAUAAAUCUUUUGACAGAUGUUCAUUUUUAAAAUUUUUUAUAAUAUUCAGGUUUGUUAAGUUCUUGAAAAGCACUAAGAAAUGGCAAAAGCGCACAUUGCAACAUUCCGGUUAUAUCCGGAAAUAAAUGUUAACGAGAGCUCCUCUGAAGAAUACGUCUCUGGUGGCAGAGAUUCUGUAACGGCGACACUCUGAAAUAAAUUGCGCAACAGCAUAAAUGUAGAAUAAUUUUAAUUUUUUUCAAUAUUAUAACGACGAACCUACGACAUUAUACAUUUGCAUCUCCUGACCUUUCAGUUUAUAGCGUGCACCUGGCGUGCACUGCUGAGCAGAAUGUACUAUUCCGAUUCGGUCCCUUGCAGGUCCCUUGUCU